AUGUCACUGCUAAAGUCAGAUAUAAGGUAUCAUCGACCAGGAUCGACGUCGGCAUUGUCCGUAAUAUGGCGAAUGCGUACUUAUCUGGCAUGUGCAUUAACGCCCAUAAUUUUGUUACCCAUUUUAUUUUUGUUUCCACAAAGCCAGAACGAAGCAAAAUGUGGGUAUUGCGUAGGCAUAAUGGCUGUUUACUGGGUUAUGGAAGUACUACCGCUAGCAAUAACUGCCUUACUACCGAUGGUACUUUAUCCACUGCUAGGUUUAAUGGCAUCGGAUGACGUUGCUCAAAUGUAUCUACCCGAUAUAAGUUUCUUAUUUAUUGGUGGAUUAAUGGUAGCCGUAGCUGUUCAGAAAUGCAAAUUGCACAAUCGUGUCGCUUUAUUUGUAUUAACUGUUGUUCCACCACAACCAUGCUGGAUUAUGCUUGGUUUUAUGUCAGCAACUGCGUUUUUGAGUAUGUGGAUAUCAAACACAGCAACUGCUGCUCUCAUGGUACCCAUUGCCAAUUCUGUCAUAAUCGAACUCGUCAAAAGCAAUCGUAGAAAUGAGUUCAGUGAUAGUCUGGUGAGUGAAGCAGUGGUCGAAGACAGGUAUAAUGAAAACAGCGACGGACGAAGGAAAUCCCUCAGUACUUUUAGUACGAGAGAUAUGACGGAAAUUUUAAGUAAAGACGAAUAUCAUAUGGCCAAAGGAUUGCUGAUAUCAGUUGCUUUCGGUGCAAAUAUUGGUGGCACAGGAACAAUUACAGGAACACCGUCGAAUCUUGUCUUAAUGGGCCAAAUUAAAGAAAUUUUCCCUCUCGCAGAUACAGGUAUUAAUUUCAUAUCCUGGAUGGUUUUUGCGGUACCACUCGUUAUCGCAUGCUUGCUCAUGACGUGGCUAACAUUAGUACUCAUUUUCUUCCGAAAAGCUUCAAAAGGUCACGGGACGAUUAAAGACAAGCUGAGACAAAAGUACGAUGAACUACCAAGUUUAUCAUUUGCAGAAAUCGGUGUAUCAAUUUGUUUCUUGAUAUUAUUAACACUUUGGAUAAUGAGAGAUCCACAUGUUGUUCCUGGUUUCGGAACUGUUUUCAAGAAAGGGCAUGUGAUUAACAUAUUCCAAAGAUUGAACAGCAAAAUGAAGUAUGUAACAGAUGCAACGAGUGCGAUUUUGGUUGCAAUUAUAUUAUUUGCCGUUCCGAAUCAGAAGCCAGAUUUCUUUGGAAAAUCGGAGAAUGUCGGAACAUUACUGGAUUGGAAAACAAUGCAAGCAAACUUUCCAUGGAGUGUUGUGCUAUUACUUGGAGGCGGUUUUGCAAUGGCCGCAGGCGUUAAGGAAUCGAACUUGAGUUAUCGUGUUGGAGAAAUGAUGCAGUUACUGCAAAUGUUCCCAGUUAAUGUCAUUAUGGCAUUGUGUAUAUUUAUCACCGUAUUCCUGACAAACAUUUGCAGUAAUACAGUAACAGCAUCCAUCUUCAUCCCUAUUGUAGCAGAACUGGCGAAAUCGCUAGAAAUUAACCCACUUUACUUUAUGAUUCCUACCACUCUCGCCUCUUCAAUGGCUUUCACUUUGCCUGUGGCAACCCCACCAAAUGCAAUCGUUUUUGCAUCCGGCCUGUUACGUGUUAAAGAUUUGUUAUUGGCUGGAGCAGUGGUCACUGCUGAAUGUGGUCUAUUGGCAAUCCUGUUUAUGAUGACUUGGGCAACAUAUUUAUUCGAGCUCGACAAAUUCCCUCUCUGGGCCUACACUCCGGCAGAACUAGUAUACCGGAACCAUACUUUGUUUGAUUUAUUGGUUAAUGCAACGGCCAAAUAG